GCGGGGCGAGACCACCCGAGGGGGUGAACCGGGACCGGGCGAGAUGCUGUUGUGGGUCCCAUGCCUGUGGCUGCUGCUGGGGCCGGGGGGGGCGGAGCGAGGAGGCCCCGCCCCCUCUGCCCCCCAUGCCCCGCCCCCCUCCCUGGGUCAUGACCCCGAGCACAGGGACGGGUUCGGAGCAGACCAAGAGGCGUUUUUGGGGGGGGGGGAGGAGGCAAAAGAGUUUCUGAAGCUGCGGCCGGAGGAGAGCAAGAGGAGGCUGAGGCAGCUCCUGGGUCACGUGGACGCAGACGGUGACGGCCACGUGACCGUGUCUGAGCUGCGGCAGUGGCUGGAGAGGGGGCGGAGCCUCGGGCGCAUGCGCAGUGUGGAGCGCGCCCUGCGCGAGCACGACCGGGACCGGGACGGGGCCUUGACCUGGGAGGAGUUCAGGGGGGAGGCCUAUGGAGACGCGCCCCUGAGCGCCCCCUCGCGGCUGCAGCUGGCGCGCCACGAGCGCCGCUUCCGGUCCGCCGACGGGGACGGGGAUGGAGCCGUGCGGGGGGAGGAGCUGGAGGCCUUCCUACAUCCGGGGGACUGCGAGAGCAUGCGCGGAGUGGUGGUCAUGGAGACCAUUGAGGACAUGGACAAGAACGGAGACGGCCUCAUCCAGGAGGAUGAAUACAUUGCUGACCUGUGGGACGCCCCCCCCGGCUCCCCGGAGCCCCAUUGGCUGCAGCAGGAGCGGGUUCAGUUCCGGCAGCACCGGGACCAGGAUGGGGAUGGAGCUUUGGGCCCAGCUGAGCUCAGUCACUGGCUCCGCCCCCCGGAGCCGGAUUGGGCCCAGCUGGAGGCUGAGCACCUGCUGCACCACACGGACAGGGACGGGGACAGGCUCCUGACCGAGGCUGAGGUCAUGGCCAACUGGGAGAUGUUUGUUGGGAGCCAGGGAACCAACUAUGGGGAGGACCUGGAGCUGCCCCACGAUGAGCUCUGAGCCUAUGGGGCACGUGGAGCCCUAUGGGGUGAAUGGAGCCCUAUGGGGCACGUGGAGCCCUAUGGGGCACAUGGAUCCCUAUGGGGUGAAUGGAGCCCUAUGGGGCACGUGGAGCCCUAUGGGGCACGUGGAGCCCUAUGGGGCACAUGGAGCCCUAUGGGGCACAUGGAGCCCUAUGGGGCACGUGGAGCCCUAUGGGGCACGUGGAGCCCUAUGGGGCACAUGGAGCCCUAUGGGGCACGUGGAGCCCUAUGGGGCACGUGGAUCCCUAUGGGGUGAAUGGAGCCCUAUGGGGUGCAUGGAGCCCUAUGGGGUGAAUGGAGCCCUAUGGGGCACGUGGAGCCCUAUGGGGCACGUGGAGCCCUAUGGGGCACAUGGAGCCCUAUGGGGCACGUGGAGCCCUAUGGGGCACGUGGAGCCCUAUGGGGCACAUGGAUCCCUAUGGGGUGAAUGGAGCCCUAUGGGGUGCAUGGAGCCCUAUGGGGCACAUGGAGCCCUAUGGGGCACGUGGAGCCCUAUGGGGCACGUGGAGCCCUAUGGGGCACGUGGAGCCCUAUGGAGCACAUGGAGCCCUAUGGGGCACAUGGAGCCCUAUGGGGCACGUGGAGCCCUAUGGGGCACGUGGAGCCCUAUGGGGCACGUGGAGCCCUAUGGGGCACGUGGAGACCUAUGGGGCACGUGGAGCC